CGAGGUUACAAGACACAACACACCUGCAUGUCGUCAUUUUCUUACACUUAAGUGCUUUGAUUUUUUUUGUUUGUUUGUUUGUUUGUUUGUUUUCAAAGCAACGCAAAAACGCAGAGUGAAGUUGCAGACUUCUUUUUUCUUUUUUUGGGAACACUUCCUCAGUCUGCCAGUAAAGAGCAGAGUGUGGCAGUCUUUUCUGUCCAUCCAUAUCUGAAGACAUGUUGUACGGGACUCUGUCAGCCUCGAAGGCUCUGCUGCUGAUUGUCCUGCAAUGGGACUGCCUCUGUGCCUUGGGACUGAAACCCACGAGAUGGCCGCUGUAUUCUCAAAAGCCUCUGCUCCUGGCUUGGAAUGCCCUGAUUGAGGACUGUGCCCCACGGCAUAACAUUCAUUUUCAGCUGGCCCAGUUCCAGAUUGUGGCCUCACCCACUGAGGGAUUUGUCAAUCAGAAUCUGACCAUCUUCUACAAGGAGCGCAUGGGCUUGUACCCCUAUUUUGAGGCAGAUGAAACACCAGUGAAUGGGGGGCUCCCACAGGUGGCUAAUCUCGACCAGCACCUGGACCAAAUGGCAAGCGGUGUUGAGAAGUACAUACAGGAAAAAUGGGCCACAGGUUUAGCUGUUAUUGACUGGGAGGAGUGGCGUCCCCUCUGGAUACGUAACUGGGAUACCAAAGAUGUUUACCGGAGACUUUCUCGUCAGCUGGUGCACCAGAAGAACCCAACCUGGCCUCAUGAAGAGGUGACAAGAGUGGCCCAGCAGGAGUUUGAGAUGUCUGCCAAGAAGUUCAUGCUAGAAACACUGAAGAAUGCUAAGAACCUGAGGCCCAACCAGCUGUGGGGUUUUUACCUGUUCCCUGACUGCUACAACCACGAUUACAGGCGCACUCUGGAGAGCUACACGGGUCACUGUCCUGAUGUGGAGGUGACCCGCAAUGACCAGCUGAAAUGGUUGUGGACUGAGAGCACAGCCCUCUUCCCUUCUAUCUACAUGAGCAGCUUGCUGCGUUCCUCAGCCUCCGGACGUCAGUUUGUGCGGAACCGCGUAAAAGAGGGGAUGCAUUUGGCCUCAUCAGGUGAUGGGUUGGCACGUCCUGUUUUUGUGUACACACGGCCCACCUACACCAACUCCCUGGAACAGCUGACCGAGACUGAUCUUGUGUCCACCAUCGGGGAGAGUGUGGCUCUGGGAGCAGCUGGAAUUAUCAUGUGGGGAGAUAAAGCUUAUGCACACAACAAAACCACCUGCUCCAACCUGGAUAAAUAUGUGCGGGGAACACUGAGCCGAUACCUCCUCAACGUCUCCACGGCAGCAGAACUGUGCAGCCAGACCCUCUGCGAUUCUCACGGCCGAUGUCUGCGAAAAAAUCCAAACAGUGAUGUUUACCUGCAUCUGAAUCCCCUCACCCACAGUAUCACUGAGAAAAGCGGCAAACUGGCAGUCACCGGCGAGCUCGGCAAAGCGGAUGAGAUGAGUUUUCAAGCAGACUUUCAGUGUCAGUGCUACAGCGGCUAUCAGGGGGAGCUCUGCGACCAAAAAGACCCUCUACAACAAAAAGGGAUGGCAGCUCGAGCCACAGCAUCAGCACUGCAGUGUUUGAUAUUACUGACUGUCUGUCUGCUCCUCUGUUAAUACACAUUACUGUAAAAGUCUAAAAUAAGAGCACAAAAGGAGAGGUGAAGGGAAGAUAGGUGUUUGUCUUUUGUUUCAGUUACUGCAAAAUAUGGAUGAUGCAAAUUGAAAUGUUGUAAGAACCGCUGUGGAAAUUGCAACCUGGGUCAAUAUCACCCAAAAGUGCCUUUGGGACAUCAUAAUUUGUGCCCCCUAAAGUUACAGUUUCCCAACUAAUUUCAUAUCCAUUGUAUCAAGUUGAGCUUAGGCUAUUGUAAAUGCAUGGUGGUCAAGCUCCCACGCUUUUUUAUGAAUUUACUGCAAGCAGAUAAAAAAAUGAGCACAUUGUAAACUAUGUCCACUCUGUCAAGGACAA